AUGGAGCAGUCAGCAAUGGAAACUCGAGCGAACGGAGAAGCUGCUGGAUCUUAUGAGUCACGCAAUGAUCUGGCACUCCGUUCAGCAGCGAGUGACCCUGCCGCAGAACCGCGAUCCAAUCCCCCAAAUGCUCGAGGCCCCGCAUCUCCACAUGCCCAACAGUAUUCGAAGAGUGAAUUAGAAGCUGCACAACCACUGCCGGAGCCCAAUGCUCAGAGUCCCAAAUCUAAGCAUUCCAGGAAAACCUCCAGGAACGGCCCCAAAGCUGGACAUUUACAGCCUCAGGACGCUCCAAAUUCCCAUAUCUCUUCUAAAGAAAACGGAUCACCUUCAAGAAGUGCGGCGAAUCAAGCCAUGGCUUCCUCGCUCCCAGAUAUUAUUCUACGACGCAACGAGUUGUUUGACAAGCUCAAGCGCCGACGUCAUGCGGAGAUCCUGGAGAAGGAGAAAGCAGAGAUCAACGUUGUCCUGGAAUUUGGACCAGACAAGCAGGGCAAACCAAGAGCGGCAAUGCCCGUCGCCGCAAAGGCAUGGGAGUCUACUCCAGGGUCAUUUCUUAAGCAUGUGGAUAAGGAUGUUUGUAGCGAUGUUGUCAUUGCAAAAGUGGACGGGAAGGAGCUCUGGGAUCUUGAUAGGCCAUUGGAGUAUGGGUGUCGGGUCAGCUAUGUUCCUUUCUCCACUGCCGAAGGUCAAAAGGUCUUCUGGCAUUCCAGCGCCCAUGUUUUAGGGGAAGCUUGCGAGUGCCAAUUCAACUGCCUGCUGUCACAUGGUCCGCCCGUCAGACAAGGGUUCUUUUACGAUAUGGCUAUAGCCGAAGGACAAGUGGUAAAGGAGGCAGACUGGGCACCCCUGGAAAAAAAAGCGACACAAUUCUUCAAAGAGAAGCAACCCUUUGAGAGACUGCACGUGUCGAUUCCGGACUUGAAAGAAAUGUUUGGUUACAGCAAAUACAAAAUGUACUACAUUGAAAAUCUACUACCUCCCGAAGGAAGCACUGUAUACAAGUGUGGAACCUUGGUGGAUCUAUGUCUUGGGCCUCACAUCCAAAAUACCGGAAAAAUUAAGGCAUUCCAGAUCAUGAAGAAUUCAUCAUGCUAUUUUCGAGGCGAUAAGGACGACGAUUCGCUGCAACGGAUAUACGGCGUUGCUUUCCCGGAUAAGAAGCACAUGACAGAUCACAAAAAGUUCCUCGAAGAGGCAUCUAAGCGAGAUCACCGUAAGAUCGGUGCCGAGCAAGAACUGUUCUUCUUUGAUGAAGUCUCUCCCGGCAAUGUUUUCCUUCUGCCGCAUGGGACUAUCAUCUUCAACGCUCUCCAGAAAUUACUGCGCUCCGAAUACCAUAAACGUGGAUAUCAGGAAGUGCAAUCUCCUAAUAUGUAUGACGUUGACUUAUGGAAAAGGUCUGGCCACUGGCAGCAUUAUCAAGACGAUAUGUUCAGCCUCGAAAUCGAGAAGAAAAAAUGGGCUCUGAAGCCAAUGAACUGUCCGGGACACUGUGUCAUAUUCAGUCAUAGGGAACGGAGUUACCGUGAAUUACCGUUGAGAAUGGCCGACUUCGGUGUUUUGCAUAGAAACGAAGCGUCUGGUGCCCUCAAUGGCAUGACCAGAGUUAGAAAAUUCCAGCAAGACGACAGCCAUAUCUUCUGUACUCAAGACCAGAUAACGCAAGAAAUUGAGGGACUGUUCGAUUUCCUCAAAUGUAUCUACGGGCUCUUUGGGUUCCCGUUCAAGCUUGAGCUUUCAACGCGGCCCGAGAAGUACCUCGGAGAUCUGGAGACCUGGGAUGUUGCAGAGUCUAAGCUUAAAGAAGCUCUAGACGAGUUCACAGCGUCCGGCGGUGGGCAAUGGGAGCUCAAUGAGGGAGAUGGUGCCUUUUAUGGACCCAAGAUUGAUAUUGGAAUAUCCGACGCCUUGAUGCGAGAUUUUCAGUGCGCUACCAUCCAGCUCGACUUCCAGCUUCCACAAAACUUCGAAUUAGAAUACAUGACCGCGGAGACGGGCUCGAAGCCCAAAGCCAACGAGUCAGUGGACGCGCAGCCAGACGGUUCUGCUGGCUCCUCGAGCAAACCAAAAGCGCCUGGCCCUGGACGUGCUCGUCCCGUCAUGAUCCACCGUGCGAUUGUUGGAAGUUUUGAACGGUUCAUGGCCGUCAUAACCGAGCAUUUUGCGGGGAAAUGGCCUUUUUGGUUAAGUCCGCGACAGGUCCUGGUCAUUCCAGUCAUGCCAACAGUCAAUGAUUAUGCCGAGGAGGUGCAGCAGUUACUCAGAGCUCAGAAGAUGCACGCGGACAUUGACAUCAGCGGGAAUACGAUGAAGAAGAAGAUCGUUAUUGGGCAAUUGGCACAAUAUAAUUUCAUCUUUGUGGUGGGAGCCCAAGAAAGGGAAUCGCGCUCUGUGAAUAUUCGCAACCGUGAUGACCAGGAAACGCAAUCGAAAGGGGAAUUGAUACCAUUGGCCGAAGCCAUCCGGAAGUUGAAGGCUCUCAGGAAGGAACGGCGCCUCACCAACUCCAUCUAA